AUGAAGACUUUCGCAGCUGCCGGCGUCCUUUUGACGCUCACCCACCAAGCCGUCGCCAACCUCGACGUCGUCACCCUCUUCGCGAACUCCGACGCGUGGAUCCAGGAAGCGUCCGCCACCCUCGUCGUCGGAGACAUCCCCAACCCCAUCACGGGAGACGUUGCUCUGUGGAGUGCCAUCAUGAUGGAAAACGAGGCCUCCUUCCUCCAGGGAGUAACCGAGAACGCUCCUGCGGGCCUCGGGUACUGCACCGACCUCGGAAGCAACUGGUGUAACUUUGCAUACGCGCUUAUUGGCUCGGAUGCCAAGAAUGGGACCCCGGUCAAGGCCGCUGCUGGGUCGCGGAUCAAGACGCAUUACAAGUUGAACUCCGAAACGCAAAUGUGGGACCAGAACCUCUACGUCAACGACGAGCUUGUGUCCACCGUCUCGACCAGCAAGGGAGAGCACGGCGAGAUCUUUUACAUCUCAAUCGAGUGUGCCGCUGGCACUUGUGCCACUGCUCCUGCUCACAGCUGGGAGGAUGUAUCCAUUACGCUGAGCCAAGCGGAUGAGAGCUUUUGCCACACUGGAAGUUGGGAACAGGGCGCGACGGGAGGAGAGAUGUCGACUUCGGACGGUGGCAAGACCUGGAACUUUACCACGCUUAAGGUCCCGGACACCGCUGUGCAGAAUUAA